AUGAAAUUAAUACAAUAUAUCAACAUAUAUCAUAAGAAGAAAUUUGAUAUUGCCGGUCGUAGACGAGAAGCAUUAGAAGCAAUCGUUAAGGAAUUUGUCUCAGAUACUGAUGAUAUACCUAUUAUUCUGGCUGAUGUAAAAGAUGAGAUGUCUCUCGAGAAAAUGACCGAGCGAGCAAAGAUACUUAUUAAUUCUUGUGGUCCAUAUAGAUUUUACGGAGAACCAGUUAUUAAAUUUAUGCAGAGAAUGCAAUUUAAAUAUAAUCAAGCAGCACAAGAAGCUGGCGUUUACAUAAUAAACGCUUGCGGUUUUGAUUGUAUUCCAAGCGAUUUGGGAAUUAUUUUCACGCAACAGAAGUUUGGAGGAGAAAUCAAUGCUAUUGAAAUAUAUUACAGGACUAAUAAUUUGUUAAUUGCAGAGUUCUUCGCAACGAUUCUUACACGAAAUAUAAAGAAAUAUAAAGAAAGGCCCGUUCAAAUUCAAGUUUACAUCACGUUUAAGUCUUUCUUUGUCUGCCUGGCGGUUGCCAUCCUCGACAUGAUUUUAUUUUUCACGUCUCUCACAGCAUAUAGUCGCAAUUUACUUCUAAAAUAUCCGACUUUAUUUUCAUACGGUCUUGUGGGCCAUAAAAAUCCGAAAUUAGAAACACAAAAAUCAACACAUUUUUCCAUAAUAUUUAAAGCCUGCGGAUGGACUGAAAAGUUGGCUGAACCUAUUGACAAAUAUACAGAUCCACUUAAUAAGAAAGUAGUCACGAAAGUCAGCGGUGAUUCUCCUGCAUAUGAAAUGACUAGUAUUGUAGCGAUAUCGGCAAUUACAAUUCUUAAUAAAACUGAUAAGAUUUAGAAUAGCGGAGGAGUACUCACUCCUGGUGCUGCAUGUAAGACAUCUCUGAUCGAAGAAAUGAAUAAACAUAAUAUUAAAUUUGAAGUGAUAUCAUCUAUCGAGAAAUAGAAAUAGAACGAACGCUCUAUGUUUAGAUGGUAGAAUUUUUUUAAUGCUUAAUAAUUAUGUUCGAUUUUAUAUUAAUA